AAAGCGAUGCGGGCAAGCGUUCCGUGGACGAGUGCGCUUUGGAGCGAAAUUAUCGUGGCAAUUGCAUCGUGAUUGCAGAGAAAAUUGUGAAAACAACAUCCGCCGAUUGUGGGCCAUCUUGAGGGGCCGUUUUUGUGUACGCUAGCCGCCGCGGCCCCGCCGUAACGGUGAGCGUUUGUUUGUGGUUUGCCCGUGCCGUCUUUUCCUCUUGCUGGCAGCCAUUUUCUCUCGCAUACAAAGCCGUGUCGUUGAAAGGUGUGACGUUGAAAAAGUUGCCUACUGUGUUUCCGUUCUUCAUCGUGCGUCCAUCGAACGGUCGAUAAUCGUCGGAGAAACGAUCGAGUGAGCCAACAGCGGGUCCGUAUCGCGUCGAAAUGGCAAGCCCGACGCCACAGAACAGCCCGAUGCCGCCACCGCAGGCCCCGAGCCCGAUGGGACCACCCUCCCAGAGCCCGGCACCGUCGCCUUCACCGCACAGUCCAUACCAACCGGGACCUCCACCGCCACCACCCCAUGCAGGGCCGGGUCAAGUACCGACCGGACACAUGCCCGGAGCACCAGGGCAUCAUGUUCCCCCGCAACCCGGGCCCCCUCCCGGACCGCAUAUGCCAAUGCAAGGGCCGCCGGCACCUCACGGAGGGCAACCGCCCAACCCACACGGACCACCGCCACCACCGCAUCCUUCGCACAUGAAUGGACCACCGCCCGGUCCCGGACCACAGGGAGCCCCUGUCCAUGGGCCGAAUGGCCCGCCACAUCAUAUGCCGCCGGCCGGUGCACCGCAACAUAUGCCACAGCAUCCACCACACCCGGGAAUGGGCCAGCACGGUGGUCCGCCACAUCCAGGGAUGCCCGGUCACCCCGGGCAAGGGCCUCCUCUACCACCAGGCAUGGUUCCGGGAGGAUAUCCGGGACAUGCGAUGCCACCAAACGCCGGACCACCACCACCGGUACCGAUGCAACCAGGGCCGGGUGGGCCCGUAGGUGGGCCAGCUAUGCCACCAGGCGCUCCAAACAUGAUGCCCGGAUCGGCUCCACCUCCACCACCACCCGGGCAGGAGAAUCUGAAUGCACUGCAACGGGCGAUCGAUUCGAUGGAAGAGAAAGGGCUACAGGAAGAUCCACGCUAUUCGCAGCUGCUGGCACUGCGGGCCAAUUCCAAGCAACAAGGUCUCAACGCAUCGCAAGUCCACCAGCUGAGGGGACAAAUCAUGGCCUAUCGUUUGCUGGUACGCCACCAACCGAUCAGCAAACAGCUGGCGUCGCAAAUUCUCGCCCAACGUCCCGACGGUACUCCGCCGCAGUGUCCAACCCCUCCGGCUAGCCCGUACCCUGGUGCACCCGGUGGACCAUCACCACAGCCUGGAAUGCCACCGCAGGGACCACCACAGCAGCAGCAGCAGCAACAGCAACCACCAACAACAACGCAGCCGGGUGGACCACAGCAACCGCCACAACCGGGACAGGGACCGCCACAGCAAGGUCCACCAUCGCAACCCGGUGGUCCACCACCACCACAUGGCCCUCCGGGCAAACAGCAGCCCGAUAUGCACGGUCCAGGUAAACCACCGAUCGUGGGUAGCGGAGGAAUGCCACCGAAUCAAAGCCCAAUGCCGGGCAUGACGAUGGGUGGUCCUCCGUCGCAAAUGCAGCACCACACUGCACCACACCAUCAGAUGCCACCCCAACAGCAACACCCGGGGCAACAGCACCAACAUCCGGGCCAGCAAUCCCAACAGCAACAGCAGCAGCAGCAACAGCAUCCUAACGUGGGUCAACCGGCACGACCCAGUUCACAGGGCCCUGCCGGUGGACCGGGCCCAAGGCCAGCCGCACCCGCACCGACAAUGCAACCAAUGCCGAAACAGAACCGCGUCACGACCGUCGCCAAACCGGCAGGCCUCGAUCCGAUCACGAUCCUACAGGAGCGCGAAAACCGUGUCGCAGCACGGAUUGCAUUGCGCAUGGAAGAGCUGACCAAUUUGCCGACCUCGAUGGCGGAAGAUUUGCGCCUGCAGGCCAUGAUUGAGUUGCGGGCACUGCGUGUCCUCAACUUCCAGCGUCAGCUGCGCAGCGAGAUCGUCCAGUGCACUCGCCGCGAUACCACACUCGAGACGGCAGUUAACGUGAAGGCUUACAAGCGCACCAAACGGCAAGGUUUGCGUGAGGCCCGGGCCACCGAGAAGCUCGAGAAGCAACAGAAACUGGAAGCGGAACGUAAACGGCGCCAGAAACACCAGGAGUUCCUGGCCUCGGUGCUACAGCACGGCAAGGACUUCAAGGAGUACCAUCGCAACAAUAUCGCGAAGCUGGGCCGCCUGAACAAGGCCGUCAUGAACUAUCAUGCGAACGCGGAACGUGAACAGAAGAAGGAACAGGAGCGCAUCGAGAAGGAGCGUAUGCGCCGGUUGAUGGCCGAGGAUGAGGAGGGCUACCGUAAGCUGAUCGAUCAGAAGAAGGACAAACGGUUGGCGUUCCUGCUGUCGCAGACCGACGAGUA